AUGACAAACAGUGCAGCAGGGCCUUCAAGCUUGUCUGAAGUUGCCAACCGUGACCCUGGGGCUGGAGGUGAUGCAGGUUUUGUUGUGGAAGAUGAUGAAUCUGCAAUAUGCGACCCAGACACAGACCAAGAUUCUGACUAUAGUAACAACACCAAGGGCAGUAAAUCCUAUGGCAAGAGGAAGCGGGCAAAGCGUAACAAGGCUCCAGGACAACUUCCAUCGGUAAAGAAAAGGCGCGGAACACGAGGGUGCUUGCAGGACCUACUUGACAUGAAUGUCGACGUACUUCAUGAGAUUUUUGGCUAUCUGGACCCGCUUGAUUUGCUUCACCUGGCACGGACCUGCAAAAUGACACGCAAAUUCCUCAUGUCGAGAAAAUCUUGGCCAAUUUGGAAAGCUGCAAGGUCAAAUAUUAUCCCGAAGCUCCCUGAAUGUCCUGAUGAUCUAAGUGAACCGCAAUAUGCGAGCUUGGCUUUUGAAAAGCACUGUCACUUUUGCCUCCGUAACCUCAAAGGUAUCAAAACUGUCUGGGCUGCUCGGUUUAGAAUAUGUACUAGAUGCAUGGAUGGCAGGUUUCUUCCUAUAGUGGGUCGGGUUGACCGUAAUCGAUCAGGCAUGGAGGAGUUGAUCUCUCUGCGCCCCAGACUUUUAGUCUCAGGCAUCUUAGAACAACAGUGGGAACGGGACUACGAAGCAGCAGAAAAUAAAGAAAAAUGGCUCGAGAAAGAAAUAGCAAAGCGAAAAGAAAUAUUGAUGCAUUCCAUUCGUUGUGAAAUGUGGUAUCAGAAUUAUGAAGACUGCCUUUUAGACCAGAGGAUAGCUAUGUUGUGUAAUCGCGCUAAACUGGUUGAAGAUCGCCUUGCGCAAAUGGGAUGGGAAGAAGAAAUUUCACACAUGCGGGAAAACAAUUGCUCAUUAAUCUCGCAAAAUGUAUUCCUGAUGAUGGCCUGCCAAAAGAAUCUUACAGAAUCGGGUGAGCCUCUUGUUUUCUUGAACUUUGUUAGCGCUAAUAGCUCCUCAGUCAUUCAGGCCUUACUUCCAAUCCUUGAGCGCACUUUGGAAAGCUAUAGAAAGGAGCGAUUGACCGACAUUCUUUUUGAUGUCCUCAGUAGCCGGAUACCGAUUUUGGAGGAACUUGUCGAUGAAUAUAGGUCCACCAUACGUCCAGAUGCUGUUGCUCUGGAUAUUGGCGAUAUCUUUAAUCAUCCAGAAGUUCUGGACUUCAUGAUCAACUCAAAAGAUCUACAGGACUUAUCUCAUCUUGAUCCUAUCCGUGCAAAACUGCCUGUCAUUCUCCAGCAGCUGCAGGAUGGCAUUGAAGACGAACUAGUAACAAUGGUCGAAGCCAGUUGUGGGGAAAAGCAUGGCCUUGAACGCACCGCGCUACUCAGUCUGGCGACCACGGUUUUCGACUGUGGAAUGUGUUGCGACAUCCGUUACCCGCGAAUUCUAGUUCACAAAGGCGCCUACGAACCGACGGUUCCUUUUAAUCUUUCGGUAUUCUCGGCUGAGUUAAAUAAAACUCCUUGGAAUGCAAGCGGGCAAAUCACAUUCAAUACUUGGGCACACGAGAUUUUGGAAGAGGUAGUCACUCUUAGCGGCUUUGACCCCGCAACUACCAGUUUUUCUCGGAUGGAAGAAGCGGAUCCCAUUUUCGAGUGCCAUGAUUGUAAUAACCCUCAUUUAGGUCGCUUUAUGUUACAAUGGAGCGCAGUGGCUCAGUUGAUCCGAGUACGAAUGGGAGAAGUUGUGGCCCGACAGCGAGCUGACUACAUGUACUUGGGGAUGGCCUGUACCCGUUGCCAUGUAAAAGGAAACAGUGUUAGUCUGCGGACGCACGUCAUGUCUGAGCAUGGCAUCUCUGAUCCAUCUGAAGAGGCUGGGGAUUUUGUAGUUGCCUUGGACUCGCCUGAUCUUCGCCGAACCUGCUGGAUAGGUUGA